AUAAAAUCCUCAAAACUAUUCCAACUUGCCCGUCAAACCCUAGCUAGAUUUUUUUUUCCAUGGUUUAUAUAAGUACACCGAAGCCUAACUUUCAGUAAUACAGUCCAAAGAGUCCGAGAAGGGUGUGAAGAAGAAGAAGAAAUAAGGAAAUCGAAAACAAGAAUGCCUUCUUCCUUACAACUCCACCGUACCACCGCCACAUUUAGUUGCCAGAAACAGGCUCCUGCAGGGUCGACCAUGACGCGAUGUGUCCCGGUAUCAUGCGGGGGAGUGUCUGUGCCUGACACGGUGGCGCGGAACCAUACCCACGUGGUGGGUCCCAACCAGUGUUGCUCCUACGCUGUCCAGCUCAUAGAGGCGCCCGUGGACACGGUCUGGUCCGUGGUGCGGCGGUUCGAUAAUCCUCAGGGGUACAAGCACUUCGUGAAGAGUUGCCACGUCAUCACUGGAGACGGCAACGUGGGCACGCUCCGUGAGGUCCACGUGGUGUCGGGCCUCCCUGCGGCGUGCAGCACCGAGCGCCUCGAGAUUCUGGACGACGAACGCCACGUGCUGAGCUUCAGUGUUGUUGGCGGAGAUCAUCGGCUGACCAAUUACCGAUCUGUCACCACCCUCCAUGCUUCACCGAGCGGGACCGGUACCGUUGUCGUGGAAUCGUACGUCGUUGAUGUACCGACCGGUAACACUAGAGAAGAUACGCGUCUUUUCGUGGGAACAAUUGUACGGUGCAACCUGCAAUCUUUGGCACAGAUAGCAGAACACAUGGCUAGGAGACAGGAGAUAGAGAUAAUUUCAUCAUAAUCAAAGUAAUAAAGGUCUGAUUUCUAGUUUCCGAUCAGUUUCAGGAAUUUUUCUUUUUUUUUGUCAAUUCCGAUGUCGGAUUCAAGACAAUGUCGAAUAAUGACUUUCCGUACAUCGGAAAUUCAUAGACGUUUUAGGGUUUCUUGAAAAUGAUCUUAUAUAUAUAGUUUUGUGUUUUAGCAUAUUUUGUUUCAUGAUCAUAGUUAGUAACGUGGAAUGUAAUUAUGUGUGUGUUUUUACUGGUGGGUACAAGACGGGAAGAUAGCAGAAAUCCUUGUGUGUGAGAUUACAUCUUUGUUUCGUCUGAUCUCCCUUGUUUAUGUACGUAGUACUAAUUGGAAACCAUAAUGUUAUAUAUGUGUCAUUAGGUGUUUCAAUGAACCCUACCUAGCCAA